CUCACUCACUCACUCACUCUCUCUCUUUCUCUGUUCAUUUCUCUCUGAAAAUCGACGGCAAUGGCGAGGCCAUCGCAGGCUACGAUCGACUCGUUCAUGGCUAUCACCGGCGCGUCCGAGUCCCUCGCGCUUCGGAAACUGGAGGAACAUGGAGGCAAUCUCGAUGAAGCUGUUGAUGCACAUUUUGGUGAAGUUGAUAGACACACGACAAACCCAACACCUGCUGCUCCCCAGCAAUAUGGUCACAUGGGUAUGAAUGAUCGGAAUCAGGCUGGAUCACGUGGAAUUUUACCAUUUCUUUCCGCUGCUAGAAGUUUCAAGCCUUCGUUACUGCUUGACCCUAAUUACAGGAGAGAUCUCUAUAACCGGAUUGGUGCUUCUGCAUUUACAAAUCGUGGGCCAUCUAUUUCACCAUCGGGAGAGGUAGGGAGGCUUCCUCAGCGCUUCAACACUGUGAAUGAGCAGCCUCAUCAUUCAGGAUUAAGGCAGACCGAGGAUCUGAGUGGAUUAUCUCCUGGUCAGGGAACUUAUGGAAAUCAUAUUGAGGAAGAAAUGAUUCAAGCUGCUAUUGAGGCUUCAAAGAAGGAGGUUGAAAGGGGUUAUCUAAAUCAGCAACAAAGUGCUCCCAACGAUUCUUCUGGGAGUGGGCUUCUGCAAAGGGAAAUGCACCUAGAAGAUGAUGACUUUUCUCGUGCAAUUUCAUUGUCUUUGAAGACAGCGGAGCAAGAGAAAGCAUUGCGUGAGCAGCAAGUGGAAACUGAAGAUGAAGAAGUCGGAUAUUAUGAUUUAACUCGUAGAAAUGAGAAAGCUAAGGUUAAUGGAUGGAAGUUAAAGCCUGGGAGCUCAUCAUUCCAGGAAGGAGCUGGAAAUGUGAAAGAACAGCCACUGGUGAAUCGGGGGUCCAACUCGGAUACUGGUAAUAUUGGUAAUUGUCCUCCACGCAGCAAAGAUGCCUUUCACUCUGAAGAGUGGGGUGAAAUUUCUUCGGAAGAGCUUGAUGAAGCUGUCAUGCUUGAAAAUGCACUUUUUGGUGAAGGGAGUACAAAUCACUUUCAUUAUUCACCUCAUCUGCAAAUUAAUCAAGAUAAGAGUUCCAGUCCUCAUUCUGUACCCAAUCUACCAUCACCCUCUAUAACAGCUCAGCAAUUGCUAAGAGAACAACAGGAUGCUGAAUAUCUUGCUUCCCUCUUAGCUGACAAGGAAAAGGAAAUAAAUGCUCUUAAGGAAGCUGAAAGUCAUUACUUAAAGGAAGACAAAGCUUGCAACAAAUUGCUUGAGGAAGAGAAAUUGCUGAGAAUACUAGCUGCAAAAGAAGCUUCGCUUCCUCAGGAACCAGCAGCAGAUGAUGAGAAUGCGGUAACUCUCCUAGUUCGGAUGCCAGAUGGCAGCCGCCAUGGCCGUCGCUUUCUCAAGUCUGACAAGCUUCAGCUUCUUUUUGACUUCAUUGAUGUUGGUAGAUUGGUGAAGCCUGGCACUUACAGAGUGGUUAGGCCAUACCCCCGGCAUGCUUUUGGCAUUGCUGACAGUUCAUUGACUUUCCGCGAACUAGGCCUGACCAGCAAACAGGAAGCUUUGUUUCUGGAGUUGAUUUAACAUCACCGCCCUUUUGUACUGAAAAUUCACCCGGUAAGCUGUACCGUUUAUCACAAAAUAUGGCCUGUACUUGUUUGUGGCUCGUAUACUUUGGUAAGAAUACUAGAAUCUGAGAUGGGUUACCCUAUAGAAACUGAUGGCGAUCAAGUGGAUACCAAACUAAGAGGGCCUGUUUUGAUUAAUGAUGGUGAUGAACUAUCGGUGGUUUGAUUGGUUCUUUCCAUGCCAUUUGCAACAUCAAUGGCAUUUAGUGUUUGAAAUCAAUGGUUGUGGUUUUCUGUUUU